AUGUUACAAGGAAGAUAUUUACUGAACAAAUUCAGAAGUUUGCACCAAGUAGCUAGAAGAGGGGUUACUGCAUUCCAGGUCAAGAAUGAACUGACCCAAGAUCAGCUAAUGCCUGCUCCAGAAGGUAUCAAACCUUUGUCUGCAGAUGAAGAUGAUAUUAAGAGGAUAUUCUCUGUUUCAAACUUUCAUCUGUCUAGAAGAAGUUUCUUGAAAAAUAUGUUUGAGAUUUGGACAUUAGACGAGGAAACCAGCAAGAUGCAUAAGCAUACGCACCAUAAUAGCUUUAUUCAGAUGUAUUUCCCAUUUAGUAAAAACAAAGAGUUGGCUUCAAGUUAUGUGUCAUGGGAUAACCUCAACGUCAGAUUCGGCCUGAUUCUGAAUGAAAUGGACACACUAGCCACAGAUGUUGGCUACAAGUAUGUAGGCUCGUCUAAUGCUGGGAAAGAUGACUUCAGGAUCACAACAGCUGUGAUUGAUGGCAUGAACUUCUUUGAACGUAUACAAACAGACCAGGAUUUAAAAAUGAACGGAUAUGUGAUGUAUGUCUCUAAAUCUAGCUUCGUAGUUGGAAUUGAUUUAUUUACUAGAUCUAAAGAUCAAGGAUGGAAAUAUAUUGGAAAUGCAUCAUACAUUCUUGCAGCUAGGACUAAAGAUAAUAAACCAUAUACUGUUCCAGAAUUAAGUUUUAAAGGAGAGAAGAAUUUGCUGAAAUGUAAAGCAAGGUUCGAGUAUGGAUAUCAUGUGCACGCUCAAAGUAAGGCAAUGCAAGGUGUUUCUGAGUAUCAUGCCUCACCAACAGAUGAGGAAGCGCAAGAUAUUCAUAAUUUGCUGUUUACUCUUCAUAAUCAGCAGCAGUAUACUCUUUCUGAGAGGAGAGCUUAUGUUCCAAUGAGCAAGACUUUAAACACCUCUCAGAUGGUAAUUCAACCUCAGAAAAAUGUAAUCCAAGGAUUUGCAGCUGCUGGGCAUGUUCUAAAUGAAGCUUAUCAGAUAGCUUGGAUCACCUCUCAUUUAUUUUGUGAAAGACAAAAAUUUGACUUUGUUGGUCUUGACAGGCUCUACUUCCCAGUUCCGAGCGUUCUUGCUUCAGGCUAUGAGUUUAAAGCUAAAGUAUCUUACAGCGAUAAAGAAUAUUUCAGAGUCAACACUCAUUUGACUAAUAUAGUUGAGUCUAUUCAUGAGGAACCUACCAUCAUAGAUUUCACAUUUAGAUUCCCUGAAGGAAUGGGAGAGGAGAAGAAAAUCAUGCCUGAAAAUUAUGAUGAUGCUCUUAAGUACUUGAUGAAUAAGAGAAUGAUGCAAAAGUUUUUGGUAUAA